AUGAGCAUUACUACUACCGCAACCACUACUAUCACUACUACCACCGCUAAAACAACCCCAAAACUCACUGGAUGGGCACAGGCUGCAUCCAGGUUUAUUCCAAAACAACGACAACAACAACCGCAUCAUCAUAAUAAUCACGGCCAUAAUCAGACAGUGAAUGUUGCCAAGCAACAACAGCAAUCAUCCAAUAAAAAAACUAAUAAAAAGCAUAAUAUCUCUAGACAACCAUAUAAUAGAGAUGAAGUAAGACAGUUCAUGAAAGAUCUAUACUCUGAGUUUACUGUUCAAAAGUCUGUCCAAGAAUACAACAAUAUUGUAAAUACUCAUGAUUCCACUGCAAUAAAUCCAUCUAACUGGGACAUCGUCUCCAACAAUAAAAACAAAAGCAAGAAUAAGAAAUAUGCUUGUCUAAAUGAUAUAGCUAAAAUCUUAAAAAAUUAG